CCGGCCACAGCUAGCUUUCCCGCCCGGCCUCUUUCUGUCACCAAUCUAGGUGGCCCCCUCCCCGGACAGUCGGCCAAUCAGGAGCGCGGUGGCAUCCUGCCCUAGCUGUCGUUCGCUAAAGCAGAUAGCGGUCAGAAUCUGGGGGAGUCAACCGCCGCCUAUCUCUGGCAGCCUGCGGUGGUUUAAAGGAGGUGGCGGGAAGCUGGUGUUUGGUCGAAUUCAUCACUCUCAUAGUCGCUUGGGUUGUUCACAAUCAAAAUUAACAAAGCAAAAAAAAAAAAAAAAAAACCCCACCAAGAUGUCUGUUGAUCCAAUGGCCUAUGAGGCCCAGUUCUUUGGCUUCACACCGCAGACUUGCAUGCUUAGGAUUUACAUUGCCUUUCAAGACUACCUGUUUGAGGUGAUGCAGGCUGUUGAACAGGUUAUUCUAAAGAAGCUGGAUGGCAUCCCAGACUGUGCGAUUAGUGCAGUCCAGAUUCGCAAGUGCACAGAAGAGUUUCUUUGCUUCAUGAAAGGACGUUUUGAUAACCUUUUUGGCAAAAUGGAGCAGCUCUUCUUACAGUUGAUUUUGCGGAUUCCCCCAAACGUCUUGCUUCCAGAAGAUAAAUCUCAGGAGACACAUUCUUACAGUGAGGAAGAAUUCCACCUUCUCCAAAAAGAAAUUGAACAGUUACAGGAGAAGUAUAAGACUGAAUUGUGCACUAAGCAGGCCCUUCUUGCAGAAUUAGAAGAGCAAAAAAACGUUCAGGCCAAACUCAAACAGACAUUGUCUUUGUUUGAUGAACUUGAAAACGUUGGCAGAGACCAUGGGGCUAGUGAUUUUAGGGAGGGCUUGGUGUUCCUGAUCCAGAACUCCAGAAAACUCCAGAGUAUCAGAGAGAAUGUGGAAAAGGAAAGCAAACGAUUGAAAAUAUCUUGAUUUCUCAAUAGAAAAAGGAGUUUCUCAAGGUGGACUGGUACGGGAUUUAUAUCGAUGAUAUCCUUAAUCCUAGUGAACACUAUAUUUUUGGGAGGGUUUGUUUGUUCACACUUUCUUAUAUUCCACAUCCUCCUCUUUUUUAGUCCACUCUCCUGAAGCAUCUGUGCUUUAUAUUGAACUAAUCUUUGAAGCAUCUGUGAUUAGAGGUCUGUAAUGGGUGGGAAGGGAUUCUUGGUUCAUUAAGAACUCAUUUGGGGGCAUGACUGAAGAAGUAAAGCUUUCCUUGGCCAUUCAAAGAUAUUUGUAAAAGUUGUACCUUGGUCGUGAGUCCUUUGUAACCUUGACCUUUUUGUCUUACUCUUUGGAUAAAAUGAAAUGACACAAA